UUUGGCUCAAGUGCACUUGAAUGGCAAGCUGAAGGCGGAUCCGCUGAUCUUUGAAAAUGGUGGCUGCAACACAAGGGAUUGAGCAAGACACAUUUUUUGAGUUUAAUCCCUCAGCUCCUGUGUUCAAUCCUACGCAGUUUCCAGAUGAGCGGUACCAAGUCUCGCCACAGCUAACCCCACUACAUCCAGUCACAUUGGAUGAAGAAGCUUGUCAAUCGGUCGGAAUGGUGACCUGCGGAUUGGAAAGAGACGGCCAGGAUGAUCUGGGUUUGAGAGCAGCGAGCUGCUCGCCCCAACUGAUGGCCUGCCGUUCCAAUGUUCGCCAAUCACAACGCCGGAAGCAACCUGGGCGGAGGAGCUGUGCGACUGCCCCUGCCUCACCGUUGCUAAAUCCUGAUGGGAAAGGCAAAGCAGUUCCCAAUCGUAGAGCAAGUGGUGAAGAGGUGUCGACUCUUGUAAUCAAAAACCUUGCCCUGGACUUCCGGAAGGAGGAUGUGGAAAGAUACCUACAAAGCCAAGGGGCUCAAGCAGCGGAGGUAGAACUUCAUGUUGAUCCUGCUAGUGGCUCAUUCCGAGGUACAGUCUUUGUGAAGUAUACCACGUCCGGAAAGGCUCGGGAGGCUUUGCAAAAGCUUGGACCAUCACCGGAAAUUGGCGGCCGAAAGGCAAGGGUCGAGGUGCAGAAGUCCAAGAAUCUCUUUGGCCGAAAAAGUGCGGGGGGAGACUUGCCGCAGGAGUUGGCAAUAGUGCAAAGGGAGAUAGACAAGUUCUUGAAAGACUCCGAGAAGGAGGUUUGCUUGUCCGCAGCACUUGAUGCCCAUCAGCGCAAGUAUGCACACUCAUUGGCUGAGAGACACAAUCUUGUCCAUGCCACCCGUCAGAACGAGUGUGGACAGACGUACGUGUACUUGAGCAAAAGCCGGUCAAGCCAAGUGUCUGGUACCCGAAAAAAGGCAUUUUCCAUGGACGUCCGGAGUACGCCUCAGCUGGGCGCAACAGGAGGCAUGGCAGCCAUGGGCGAUGUCAUGGGCUAUGAGGCUCAUCAGCCUCACCCUCGAAGUUGCUAUGCCGGUCCAUUGUCGCCUCCUGGUCUGUUUCCGGGUCUAGAUCUUGGUACACCAUUGCUGGGCCCAGACAUCCUUGCUGCGUCCGCAGCUGACGAAGCUGGCAUGUUCAUGCUCCCAGCUGCGAUGCCCCUUCCCCCGGGGAUUGAGCCGAACGGAAUCUCCGGAUUGACGCCCAUGUGGGCAAGAGAACUUUGUGGGCAUGGCCCGGCGGAAACUACGGAUCCUCCCCCAGGUUUAGAGUUUCAAGGCUUGGCUGAACUUGCAGAAGGGCUGUGCAACGACUUGGUGGCAGCAGAUCAAGAGGAUUUGUACCUGGACCUGAAAUAUGUUGCCUGCCCAGAGUCGACCAUGUCUACUGAGGACAGCCUCUCCAAACGGAGCAAUGAGACCGACAAGAGCUAAUGAUCGAGAUGCAGCCGUGGACCGCGGCAGUCCCCGGGAGUUUUUUUUUGGUGA